CCGCUGACUUACGUUUAUAACAUGGAGCAGCCAAACUAUGCAUUUUGUCAUACUAGCAGGUGGCCAAGUCACCUUCUCUCGAUCAUCCCCCACGUGCAUACACCUCAGCGUGAUCGCUGUUUCUAGAGGUAAAUGCUUGAAUGCAGUUUGGAUUCUAACUCAAAGAUGAAACUUGAAUAAUAUACUAUUAUGCAGCUCAACUUUCCAUAGUCUCGGCACGCUCUCAAAGGAUUCAUAGACGUCCAGUGAUAUGUAUCAGCUCUUUGGCUCGUUCAGCAUUCACCAUAAGGCGACGUUGCGAGCAGCGGGAUUGCUCGUUGGUACAUGGGGAUUAAAUUAUACCUUGUUCCCAAACCCGUUCACUUAGAUGCUCCUCGCGAUGAACCUCGCAAAAGGCAGCGUUUUCAGUCGCAAGCUAGUUACUCCGGGCUCUCCGAACAGGCCCUCAUAACAACCUCCCUUCUGGCGACGCAGAAGGCUGUUUCCAGCUUCGACUCUAAUCCUGACAUUGAUCGUCGGUUGCGCGAAUUGGAACAAUCUCACACCCCUCCCACAGGUGCUGGAAUUUCACGCUUCUAUGUUGCACAGACAACAAGUAACAACCCAACUGAGGAUGACCACGCCGAAGCGGUUCUUCCAGUGCCCUCUGGGUACUGGUCCUUUUUUGCCAUCUUUGAUGGUCACGUCGGGUGGGAAACCAGUGCGUGGUUGCGCGACAAUCUUAUUCCUGCCGUCACAGGCGCGCUUGCCGACCUCUACUCCAACUUCCACAAAGAGUCUGGACUUAGUCAGACAUCAGUUCCUCUUCCCCAGGACAUUGAGAUCACCUUCAAGAACACGUUCAAGUCCAUUGACCAUGACCUCGUUCGUUCGGCGCUCGAUAGAUUUCUUUCUGAUCCUUCACGCGCGAAGUCCAUGAAUGCCCUCGCUCCGGCUUGGGCAGGCUCUUGUGCUCUCGUAUCAUUCUACGAUUCCCAUUCGAAGUUACUGCAUACCGCAAUCACGGGUGACUCUCGUGCAGUUCUCGGUCGUCGUGUCCUGGACGAUAACGGGAAGACAUUCUAUACCGUUCAUUUGCUUUCAAUCGAGCAAGAUGGCAAAAACCCUGCGGAGGUAGCUCGCCUACUCGCAGAGCAUCCUAGAGAGAACGUUGUCCAACAAGACCGUGUUCUCGAGAUCGCUGUUUCCUGUGCUUUUAGUGACGGUCGAUGGAAAUAGAGCGUCGCUGAGCAGAAAGAAUUAAAGAAGAAGUACCUCGGUCGCACCCCGCCGUCCGGCCUCACGACGCCUCCGUAUCUUACUGCUGAACCGGAGAUAACGUCCAUACGAAUUCAACCCGGAGAUUUCUUGAUCAUGGGCACCGAUGGUUUAUGGGAAUGCUUGACGAGCGAAGAUGCAGUCGGUUUGGUUGCGUGGUGGAGAGACAAAUCUUCUCAACGUCGCGUACCUAAACCGAAUGAGUUGCCUGUACAAUUUAACGGAGCUUACAAGGGCAAAAGUAUCCGCUAUGAGCAGUGGCAGGCGCAGAAAGCGUUUGUGAACGUCGAUCAGAACGUCGCUACACAUUUACUUCGGAAUGCUCUAGGAGGCGCAGACGCAGACCUCACUGCUGCUCUCUUGAGCAUGCGAUCUCGUUCGAGGGCCUUCAUGGACGAUAUAACAGCGUUGGUGGUCUUCUUUGAUGACAAAUAGACUCCUGUAACCAUGGACAUGCCGUUGACUCAAUAUGUUCAGUCGAAGAGCGAGAACGUCGGACGUCGUUCAAUGUACUAUUAUUGAUUCAUUGAGUGCGCCCCGUAAAGUCUAGCAACAAAGACAUCGAGCGCAAGCUCUGAGCUCGCGGUCGCACUACUGUGGCCUUCUUUGUGCUUCGCUUCACGCGAUAAACGGCCUGUCACAUUAUAACAGACCUUCCCAU